UAAACUUGAAUGGAAAAAACUCGGCUAGACCUGCGCCUACGAGAAACCAUGACACGCCCUCUGUGCUACUGCCUGCCGGGAAGAUGGCCGACACCGGGGGUUCUAAGUGAAGUGCGGUGAUCUGUCGUUCGCAGGAAUCCGCUGAAGAUCGGAGGUUAUUAGGGCACAUGCACUUCAUGUCAACUUUUUUGUGGUGGAGGUCUUUUUGUAUCCAGCUCUGUUAAAUUGGUUUUACUCAGACACAACGUCAGGAACGUUUGUCACUCAAACACUGCGCGUUACUCUUCGCUUGGCAUUUAGCAGUGGUUAACGCGAACUGUUAUUAGUCGCUAGCUAACGUAACACUAUAUUUUAAAAUGACGUGACAUGAUGGGUUUAAACAUGUAAUGUUGGCUACACUUUUGGCGUGCUCUAACACAAGCACACUCUUAACAGUUGCAUACUGGUGUGUAUUAGUAUGCAUACUGGUAGCUGAUAAAGUUAAGUAACGUAAAUGUUAAUUUGUACUCUUGCAAGAUCUUCCUCUGGAUUGCACACACUUAACUCUGCUAACAUUAGUUCUAGCUGGCAAAACUGUUAAAGCAGUAAUCCAGUUAGCUAGCUACGUAGCUUAGCAUGCUAUUCAGAAGACUGUAAAUUAACACUGGCUAGCGAGCUUGCUAAGUUAGGUCAAUAUUUCUUAGCAUGCUAGCUUUGCUAGUUUGCAACCAUUUCUCGGCCUACUAUAUGAUAACGAGCUGUCGUUCAUAAUGACAAAUGACAGGCCCAGUGAUGAUAUUGUAGUCGUAUGUGUUACAUAAACAUUGCAUGAUUGAUUUGUGUGGUCUUUGAAUGAGAAGUUGGACCCAAGUGGCCAAACGCCCUCUUCUUCAAUUUACCUUCAACGCUAGCCAGUUAGCUGGCUGUGAAAAUGCUGUAACUUAUGUUGCAUUAGCUAGCUAGCUCAUCACAUUUGGGAGACAUUCAUCAUUCCUGGAGCCUGGACCUUUUUUUUUGUAAAGUUCCGAUCAAAGAUGUGGGAUGUCUUGUGGCUCAGUUUUGGACCACACGAUGUACCAUGCUGUGUCUGGCCCCUCGACUUGGCCGCCUAACGCUUGGCAAAUUCCCCUUGCCCCUCCAGGACCUUAGUCAGUCUACUGCUCUCUUGCGCAGCAUGUACACUACACGCUUGUACAGUGGUAGUGGCGGCAAGCCAGGGCGGCGGGUGGGCCUUGUUGGGGCAGGGCCACCCAUGUUGGAGAACCACCACCACCCACUUCCCCAUCACCCACAGGUUCAACCCCCUCAGAGCUACCCGUCUGUCUACCAGGGCCGCCUGGACGGACACCGGACCCACUACCAGACCUUCCACCAGCACUACCACUCUCACCCGCAGCCCCCACACCUGGGCUCGCAGCACUACCAGCAGAACGCCCAUCUCCACCACGCCAAAAAGAAGACUUGGAACUUCAUCCACGAGAAGAUGAGCUACGACACCUUCUUCACCAUGAAGCGGCUCAUAGACCGCUCGCGUGGUGUGGAUGAGGUGCUCCGCUGGGUCACCCAGAACCCUGGCAAAAUCUCGCACAACCACUACCCCAUCGCUCUGCAGAAGAUAGGCCAGCUGCUGCUGCUGCAGCAGGCCGGCGCGGCAGGCACUGGACCCGUGGAGGGCCCCCUGGUGACUUCUCCAGGGGGGUCAGGUGGAGAAAACCCCUGCCGGCAGAUUCUGGACAACCCUGAUUUUCAGACACUCUGCAAUGCUAUUGUCAACGACUGCUCCAAGUUUGACAACUUCAGCAUUGUUAACUGCCUUUAUGCUGUCGCUGCACUAGGGCUUCCCAGCGACUCUCAGAUUGUUCAGGUCCUGGAGGGCGAGUCACAGAGCCGCCUUUCCCAGUUCAACCAGAAGGACAUCUCCAUGGUGUUCAGCAGCAGCAUGAAGCUGCACCCUUCCAGCCAGCACCUGCUGAUUGAGGCCUGCCUGGCGGGUCUGGAGAAGAAUGUGGAGCGCGAGCGCCACCCGCAGACGCUCUUCCUGCUGCUCUCCUACUACCGCACCAAGUGGCGCGCUCUGCAGGCGGCGGCCGCCUCGGCCGAGACGCCCUCGCCGGAGCAGCUGCUGCUCAACCGCAAGAUCCUGCGGCUGGUCAAGCACACGCUGACCAGCGUGAGCAGCGUGCGCGACCAUGAGAUGGCCCUGCUGGACGAGAUGCUGUCGGCGUGCGCGCGUGAGGCCAGCAACAAGAGCCUGGAGCUCAUCUUCAGCUCCCACCUCUUUUACCAGAACAGGCAGGAGAAAUUCAUCAUCAGCCUGUCUGAGGAACUUCCCAAAAAAGCAGACAGCAUAACCCCUUACACCAUGGCACUCAUUUCCAAAUAUGUUGCCCGUCACCGACUUAGAGAGACCCGCCUUCUUGACACAAUAGCCGACUUCCUUGUGAAGAAGGGCGAGUACCUGGACAGCAAGGUCAUCCAGAAACUAGUGUUCCCAUUUAGCCGUAUGAGCUACCGGCCUGCCAAUGAGGGCCAGUUCUUCUCUAAGCUCGAGGCCGUGUUGGAGCUGAAGGCACUGAGCUCUCCACUGGCCACUGUCAACAUCCUCAUGUCGCUCUUCCAGCUGGGCCAUUUCCCAGGCCUGGUGCUGCAGCGCGUCUUCUCCCCGUCCUUCAUCAGCAACGUCACCAACAGCCCUUAUGCACUCAUUGUGCGGCGUUACUUGUCAUUACUGGAUGCUGCUGUCGAGCUGGAAUACAGGGAGUACAGUGGCCCACGCCUACAGGACACGCACAAAGUACUCAUGUUUGACCACGCUUUAACUGCAGAUGAAGUCAACCGCAAGUACAGCUACAAGGGUCUGGUGGCUGAGGCGCUGAGGCAGCUGGUUGGUGAACAUGGCUACAAGCAGGAUGAGGUGUUGGCCCCUGGGUAUUACACAGAUUUUCUGUUAUUGAUAGACGGCUCAGGCCGUGUUCUCCCAAUAAGGACGUCUGGAAACAUGUCUCUGGGCAUGGCCUCCAAAUCCCCCGAGGGCUCUGGGCCAGUGUCCGCACUGACCUCCGACUUCCAGAAGUUCUCGCCAUUCGCCGCAGCGCUGGAGGAUGGUAGCGACAAGCAACCGCCAGGCGACGAGUCGGGCUACCUGCCCCCGCACAUGCGCGCGCCUCCUCCGGCCUCGAGCCAGCGGGGCGGUCCUAACGGAGGGGUCCCGCUCGACUAUAGCGCCUACUACACCAGCACAGACUACUACUCCAGCCUGGCCAAGGAGCACUCGCUGGAGAGCCAGGACAGCUCCACGCUCAGCAGCCCCUCGGACUGCCUCGCCCAGGCCGGGCCGGCCAGCUCCGGGGUAGCGGGAGGCGGUUCUGGCACCGGCCCGGACUCCCUCUUCCAGUUCUCCAUCGGGAAGAUCCUGGACGACGAAACCGGCGCACCCAUCCCCACAGGGGCUGCCUCCGGGCCCAGCUGCGAGCUGCCGGCCUUCUACGAGGGCGUGGUGUACCCAGAGGGGGACGAAGGGGAGAUGGGGCCCGCCUCUCCUCCCCAGCACCACCCUGCCGACCGCCCCGACGCACAGAGGAGCCCCGCAGACCUGCAGGUCAAGAGGGUCAUAAUGUCGGUUAAUGACAAGUGGCAUUACUGUCACAACUCGGACGUGCUGGUGGGCUCUAGGGCCAUGAGAGACCGCCACCUGCAGCUCCUGGGCUACAUCAUUCUGCAGUUGCCGUAUUUGGAGUUGGAGAAGUUGAAUGGCAUUGAAGAGGUGAAGCAGUAUCUUCACAAAAAGCUGCUGGAAGUCCCCUUAUGACAGUGGAAAUCCAGAUGCCUGUGUUUGUGUGUGUGUGUGUGUGUGUGUGUGUGUGUGCAUGCGUACGUACGUUGUGGUUUGGGAAGAGUUUCUCUUGGGUUAAAUUAAUGUAAUAUUUAGAAUGAAAGUGGGAUUGCGUAUGUACAGGUUGUGUUUGAGAGUGGGAGAUACAGGCCUGAACAUGGCCAAUAAAGGAUUUGGUGCCACGACACUAACUAGCCGUUACAUUAAGUAGAGGGAGGGCCAGGGUCUCGGUGCAGAGAAUUGGGUGUGAAGAAAGCCUUGAAACAAUGUAUUUCUAUGUACUCCUAUUUUUACAGUUUGUCUAUCACAGUGCAGAGGUUAUGAUGCCAAGUUGGCAUAAGAGUAAACUAGAGGCAACUUUCUAAGAAGCAAAGCAAUCGUUGACUCAGACAUUUGUUUUAGAUUUGUGUCGGACAAGGUACUGUUAUACCAUGCCUUUGCUAUGGGGAAGGAAUGGGUGUGGGCAUGGAAUUGUAGUCCUCUUUUUCUUGUGGUGCAUUUCUUUUUUAACUUUUCCCUUCUGGACAGAAGGGAGAUAAGCAUAGACAAGAUGGGGUUUGCUGCUUUCUGUUUGGCUAAAGGGAUGUCUGCUGUGCAACCCCCAACAUGGUCUCAGUUGCAAUUCCUUACAGGUGUCUGCCACCAAGACUGGCUUUAUAACCAAACAUUAUUUAGUGAGGGGGGUCAAAUGGGAUAUUUCUACAAAGACAAAUGAUGAGACUUUUGAAACACUGUCUUACAGAUAAUUUUGGAGAGUUUGGGAAUGUGUUGUAAUGAUAUUAUUGCAAUGUGCCACUCGAGUGUUAAAAAUGGUUAAUAUUUAUAUUUUUUCCUCUAAAAUGCUUUAUGAACUCUGAUGUCCUUUAAAGCAAGACAGAGCAAAACACUCAAUGGGUUGUGGGAGUGAUCGGUCAUCCUGCCAUCUUUGUUUGCAGUAGUGGCUUCAUUUUUCAGCAUAUUCUAUUUUUAAUGAAGGAUACAAACCUCCAUACCAUAAUCAGAAACACGUAAAGUACAGUACAUACAUACAUGGUACAUACAACUUAGAAAUCCAACUCGGUAGCUUAUUGUUAAAUUAAAAGUCCAGCGUAAGUUUUGUGUUUUCUGAUUAGUUGGAAAACAGCGGGUGUUACCUUGCACAGUGGAAUGCCUUGGACAGAACCUCAUACUUAGUGCAUAGUGCAUGAUUGUGUUAUCCACGAGGAGGGUAUUACAGGUGUACAUGCAAUAUAUGCACUUGCAUUUAUCCUUUCAGUGGCUGCCCAUCUGGACUUAAUGUUUUUAUCAUCAUUAAUCAUACAAUUAAGAGUUCAGCUUGCCUUUUUGUGUACUUUAAAGAUAAAUAUUAUCUUAUGCGAGUCGGUUUUAAGACUUUAGUAGAGAAGGAAACAUCUUCCUGCCAUUGCUGUUGUUUGCUUUGCUUUGUUAAGAGGACCAUUCUAUUCAGAUGUUCUCUGGGGGAAGAGAUUAUUUAUUGAGGAUGGUGUUCUUCUGAAUGUAUGGAGUUUGUGUGUAUGGAGUGGAUGUAUGCGUUGGAAUCAAGGGGAAAGGGUGGGAAAGUUUGUUUAUACACAUAUAAAAUGCCUAUGUAAAAUACAUUAUUAAAUAAUGUUUUAAAAGUCA